GCCUGGAAACCAGGAGCUUAGGCACUGCCAGCAGCAGCCCUGCUCUGAGGGACCUUGCACGGUCCAGGUGAGUCUAGCUGCAUCACUCAGCGACUGCCGCCUCCAGUCCCACAGGUCACCAUCAUGUCAGCUUCAGGAGAUGGGACCAGAGGUCCCCCCAAAUCCAAAGGCAAGACCCUGAGCAGUUUCUUCGGGUCUCUGCCUGGCUUCAGCUCUGCCCGGAACCUGGUGUCCCACACUCACAGCUCCACAAAGGAUGUGGGAUCAGUCACAGACCCUACAGGGACUCCUGUCCCCUCAUCGCCAGUGACCACCGACCUGCAGCAGACGGCAAGGGGUGUGGCGGGGCUGCUCCAGUCUCAACAGACCACGACUGGGAACAAGGAUGUGGGAAGCUCCAGUGUGACUGGUGAGAAAGACGCCUUCUCCUCUGGAGUGGCUGGCAUCAUAGACAUGGCAAAAGGAAUAGUCCAGGGUGGCCUGGGCGCCACCCAGUCAGCCCUUGUGGGCACUAAGGAGGCAGUGUCCGGAGGCAUGACAGAAGCAGUAGGAAUGGCCAAAGGUCUUGUCCAGGGAGGUCUGGACACCUCAAAGACUGUCCUCAGCACCACCAGGGACACAGUGACCACAGGACUCACUGGGACUGCAAACAUGGCCAAGGGAACAGUACAGAUGGGCCUGGACACCACCAAGUCUGUGGUCAUAGGCACCAAGGACACGGUGACCACAGGACUCACAGGGGCUGUGAACAUGGCCAAAGGGACAGUACAGACGGGUCUGGACACCAGCAAGAAUGUGCUGAUAGGCACCAAGGACACGGUGACCACAGGACUCACAGGUGCCAUUAAUGUGGCCAAAGGGGCUGCCCAGGGAGGCCUGGACACUACCAAGUCUGUGGUCAUGGGCACCAAGGACACGGUGACCACAGGACUCACAGGGGCUGUGAACGUGGCCAAAGGGGCUGCCCAGGGAGGCCUGGACACAGCCAAGUCUGUGGUCAUAGGCACCAAAGACACAGUGACCACAGGACUCACAGGGGCAGUGAACGUGGCCAAAGAGACAGUACAGACGGGACUGGACACCAGCAAGAGUGUGCUGACGGGCACCAAGGACACGGUGACCACAGGACUCACAGGUGCCAUUAAUGUGGCCAAAGGGGCUGCCCAGGGAGGCCUGGAUACAGCCAAGUCUGUGGUCAUGGGCACCAAAGACACGGUGACCACAGGACUCACAGGGGCCUUGAAUGUGGCCAAAGUGGCUACCCAGGGAGGCCUGGACACAGCCAAGUCUGUGAUCAUGGGCACCAAGGACACGGUGACCACAGGACUCACAGGGGCUGUGAACGUGGCCAAAGGGACAGUACAGACGGGUCUGGACACCAGCAAGAAUGUGCUGAUGGGCACCAAGGACACGGUGACCACAGGUCUCACAGGUGCCAUUAAUGUGGCCAAAGGGGCUGCACAGGGAGGCCUGGACACCACCAAGUCUGUGGUCAUGGGCACCAAGGACACGGUGACCACAGGACUCACAGGGGCUGUGAACGUGGCCAAAGGGGCUGCCCAGGGAGGCCUGGACACAGCCAAGUCUGUGGUCAUGGGCACCAAGGACACGGUGACCACAGGUCUCACAGGUGCCGUGAACGUGGCCAAAGGGACAGUACAGACGGGUCUGGACACCAGCAAGAGUGUGCUGAUGGGCACCAAGGACACAGUGACCACAGGACUCACAGGCGCCAUUAAUGUGGCCAAAGGGGCUGCCCAGGGAGGCCUGGACACAGCCAAGUCUGUGGUCAUGGGCACCAAGGACACGGUGACCACAGGACUCACAGGGGCUGUGAACAUGGCCAAAGGGACAGUACAGAUGGGUCUGGACACCAGCAAGAGUGUGCUGAUGGGCACCAAGGGCACGGUGACCACAGGUCUCACAGGCACCAUUAAUGUGGCCAAAGGGGCUGUCCAGGGAGGCCUGGACACUACCAAGUCUGUGGUCAUGGGCACCAAGGACACGGUGACCACAGGACUCACAGGGGCUGUGAACGUGGCCAAAGGGGCUGCCCAGGGAGGCCUGGACACUACCAAGUCUGUGGUCAUGGGCACCAAGGACACGGUGACCACAGGUCUCACAGGGGCUGUGAACAUGGCCAAAGGGACAGUGCAGAUGGGCCUGAACACCAGCAAGAGUGUGCUGACGGGCACAAAGGACACCUUUUGUGCUGGGGUCACAGGUGCCAUUAAUGUGGCCAAAGGGGCUGCCCAGGGGGGCCUAGACACUUCUAAAGCAGCCCUUACAGGCACCAAGACUACAAUGUUGGCUGGCCUCUCAGGCACCAUGAAUAUGGCCACUGAGACAAUGAAGACAGGCCUGGACACCAGCAAUAGCAUGCUCACAGGUACAAAGGACACUGUCUGUGCUGGGAUCACUGGGGCCAUGAACAUGGCCAAAGGUGUCUUUCAGAAGGGCCUGGACACACCCAAGGACACAUGGUCUGCCAUGCGGUCUCAGGCAGAUAAUGUAGCCAUCAACACCACCCACACAGGUGUCAACACAGUCCCAUGUUCAGACUAUGGCUCUCAUGCCACCACCCAUGGUGUGGAACAUGUUACCCUGACUUCUGCAGAAUCUCUGUGCUCUGAGAUGAGCAGCCUUGCAGACACCCGUGGCUUGGGGCUUGUCACAGAACCCAUAGCUGCCACCAAAGGCCUUGUGUCUAGUGUGGCUUCAUCUGUCCAUGCAGCUACCAAGUCUGAGGAGGAGUGUGGUCAGCUGGCUGCGACAAGUUUUGCUGCACUUCAUGAUGAGUUGGAAGGGCUUGGGGACAUCUUCCAGCCCAUGACAGCUGAGGAACAAGCCCAGCUGGCGGCCUCAGAGUCAGGGCCUCGGGUGCUCUCUGCUGACCAGGGAAGCUACUUUGUCCGCCUAGGUGACCUGGCACCCAGUUUCCGCCAGCGGGCUUUUGAACAUGCCCUGAGCCACAUACAGCACAAGCAGUUCCAAGCCAGAGCUACAGUGGCCCAACUCCAGGAGGCCUUCCAGGUGACAGACAUGACCAUGGAGGCUCCAGGUGGGCAGGUGUGCGGGAACCAGAGUUUGAGCUCCACGGCGGAGGCUGUUGGUACCCAUGAGGUGUAUGCUUCCAGGGCUCAGGACAGGCUGUGUACACUAGCCUGCCAGCUCCAUGCAGCUUACAGCGGCCUGGCAGUCAGUCUGCAGGGCCUGCCAGAGGUGCAGCAGCAGGCAGGGCUGGCACGGCACAGCCUCUGCAAACUGUAUGGUCUUGUGUCCUCUGAGAGCAGCGGCGAGCUGCAGGCAGAGCAGCUGGCCCAGAGCAGUGCUGGUGUGGUACAGGCAUGGCAAGGUCUGGAGGUGCUGCUGGACAGGCUGCAGCAGAGCCCCCCACUCAGCUGGCUGGUAGGACCAUUUGCUUUGAUGCCUGGUGACCAGCUAUAGACACCUGAGGGCUGCAUGACCCCAAAGUUCUGGAUUAAGGGAGAGCAGAGGGUCCUCAGAAAGUGAAUUUGAAACCAGUCAUGGCUCCUCCUAUUUCCAGUAACUGAUAGCCCCUCUUCCAGCCACCAAGUCGGGACCAGACACACAGGUCCCGACAACAGAGCAAAGCGGAAGCAGAGUCAAACCUAGGAGGUCCUUCAGUUAUCGUCACUGACAAGCCUUCCAGCCUCUGGGACCCUACCUCCAGGGGCCCACAGCUCUCUACUGUGGGUGGUGCCACUCAACCCCAGGUCCCACCUUGAGCAGUGUAUCCAAAGGUCUUAGCUAACAUACUAGGCAACUUGUUCCCCAGCACUAGAACGCACUAGAAUGCACAGCCACCCUAAGGCAAGCUCCCACAACCCCUUCUAAUAUAUAGUGGGGUGUAGAGCCACUCAAAGCCACACUUAUAUCCCAGCAUGCUGUGGGCCUGACUCUGAACGGCUCUAUUGGGAAAGGAGGGUCACACAUGUAUCACUACACAGAGACAGGUACCACUUGACAGGGCCGUCACUGCUGAAACUGUGGUCUGCAUGAGGAUAUGCCUGCCUAGGGUUGAAGUACUGACUGGAGACACGGGCAGGUGAUAGCCCUUCUCUCUCGUCCUGUGCAUCCAAGACAAAAGCACAGAAGAUGAUGGGGUACAAGGCAAUCCCCUGUGGACCGGCCAUCCAAGGCCACAGUCCAGCUCUACCUGAACCCCAGCAAUGCUAGCAAUCCCCAAUCUUCCAGUUCCCUUUUUUGUGCACUCUUAGAAAGCAACAAUGUCCUUGAGUUCUAAGGUUGGGCUAGCUGUGGCCUAGGAGAGGACAUGGCGGAGAGGCCGUGACGGAGAGGACAGGAGCCUUCCUGAGCAUCAGGAUGCAACACUAGACUUAGCCAGUGACCAACACUGGGUCCAGGGUCUGCAGCUAUGCCCUCUAGAUGAGCCUCACUACAUCAUGCUCAGUUCUUGGUGGCCAUGGAGGCAGGUGGAUACACUGAGAGGCAUGUACCCUACCUGAGCCCACAGGAAACACAAGCAGAGCAGAAAAGCCACAUAGCAAGAGAAGGUUGGGAUGGUGUGGACUGCAACACUCCAGCUCAAAUGCUGAGCUGCUCCAGAGGCACUAUGCUGGGAUCCCUGCACAGCUGGGGAAUGGGAUGGUGGUCGAGUCAGGGCACAGUCUCCUGUUGGCCUUAGUGUCCUUAGUGUCUGUUACUCUCAUGCUGGUGGAACAGGCUACUCAAUGCAGGCUGGUACCUCAGCCCUGUGUCAGGCAUAGAGCUCUGGCCUUAGCCCAGCUACAUUUCAUAUCAGGACACCAAGCCAAUAAAA